AUGAUCUCCCUGCGUUCCCUUAUCGCCGGCGCUGCGGUGUUGGCCGCUCCCGUCAUGGCCGCCCUUUCGGCCACGCAGGUGACAGACGGUCUCAACAAGGUGACCCAGAAGUCACUCGAGCUCCAGCCGGUGGCCGACAGCAUCACUGUGGUCAACGCGCCGCUUUUUGUUAUCGGCCAAGGUCCCUUCCCGGACCUUAUCGCAGGAUUCACUGAUAUUAUUACCACGGCCGAUACACUCGUGCACGGCGCGACGACGCGGUCUAUCGAUACCCAGGGUCUGAGCGCGGAUCAAAUCACCCAAAUCAACAACGGUUAUAAAAAGUUUGCAAAUGCCCAGUCUAAUCUGCUCAAAACCUUGGGGAACAAGGCUCCUCUGGUGGCCUCGGUUCCCGCGGUUGGGGCCCCUGUGGCUGCUGUGCUGCGGAGCCUUGAAGGUGUCGUUGAUACGAUUGCUUUCACCAUCAUUGGCCUGACCGGGGAGCCAGUGUCGCCCGGAAGGCUGGGUGAGAACGUGCACAACACUAUGGCCCAGUUCGACAAGAUUGGUAGCGCCCAGAAGCGCGCCAACGUAUUUGUGGCCUAG